AUUAUUUGAGUAUAUAGCACGAGGUCUUCGAUGAAGAGUUGAAAACGAAACAGUAACUCAGACGCAAAACUCCAUAAAAACCUCUGCCCCCACACAAGCCAUAGACUCACUCACUCAUCAUUAAUCAAUGCUUCAACUACACUCCUCUCUGUAAGAAACCUCGACACAACCAUCUCAGUUUCAUUCUCUUUCCAAGUUUCAACAUUCCCCAGAAAACAAGAGACAGACAACUUUAAUCUAGUUUGAUCAGUCUCAAAGAACGAUGAGUACUAAGAAGAAAGGCAACAACUUUAAGCUUCUGAGUUUGUUUCUUUUUCUGGGAACAUGCGUUGGAGACUACGGCAUUGGAGUAGGAAUCGGCGAAGGUGGAGUUUGGGUCGGCGGCGGCGGUAGCGGAGGCGGCGGAAACCCUAAUUCCGACCCUGGCUCGGCUCCCAAGCAACAGACGAAUCCAGCUUACAGUGCACUCCAAUCCUGGAAAACCGCCAUUGCAGAGGACCCAUCCGGUGUUCUCAAGACAUGGGUUGGCGAAGAUGUCUGUUCUUACAAAGGAAUCUUCUGCUCAGGCUCCUCCGUAACCGCCAUAGAUCUGAACAAAGCGAAUCUCAAAGGCACCAUCGUCAAAGACCUCUCUCUCCUCUCCGAUUUAACCAUCCUCCACCUCAACAGCAACAGAUUCUCCGGUCAACUCCCAGAUUCUCUCAGAGCCUUGUCGUCUCUCCAGGAGCUCGAUCUCAGCAACAACAGAUUCUCAGGCUCUUUCCCUCAAGUCGUGCUCUACAUCCCCAACCUCGUCUACUUAGAUCUCCGGUUCAACGGCUUCACCGGUUCGAUUCCCGAGAGUCUAUUCAACAAACAGCUUGACGCGAUUCUCCUCAACAACAACGGCUUCACCGGAGAAAUCCCCGAGAAUCUCGGAUCCUCGUCCGCCUCGCUGGUUAAUCUCGCCAACAACAAGUUAUCCGGCGAGAUCCCGACGAGUUUCGGCAUUUCCGGUUCGAAAUUGAAGGAGGUUCUGUUUUUGAAUAACCAGUUAACCGGUUGUAUACCGGAAUCGGUCGGGUUGUUCUCCGACAUUGAAGUGUUGGACGUUAGUUUCAAUUCCUUGAUGGGUCACGUCCCCGACACGAUCUCUUGCCUGUCGGAGAUCGAAGUUUUGAACCUCGGACACAACAAAUUCUCCGGCGAUCUUCCCGAUUUGGUCUGCUCCUUGAGGAAUCUGUUGAAUCUCACCGUCGCUUACAACUUCUUCUCCGGAUUUAGCUCGGAGUGUUCGAGAAUCAGCUUCGGGUUCGACUUCGCCGGGAAUUGUAUUCCCGGCAAGGGCUAUCAGCGGCCGCAGCCGGACUGCUCGGUGAUUCCCGGCGGCUCGUUGAGUUGCCUCAGGAUUCCGGCGCAGCCGCUGACGUGCGCUGCGAUCUUGGGACUGAAGGCGACUUCAUCGUCUCCAUGAAAAUAAUAAAGUUGGAAGCUUUUUGUUUCUCUCUGUUGUUUGCGAGAUUUGUUAUGCUUUGUGACUGUUAUUAUGAUAGAAAAUGCCAAAAAUGGUUUUAUCAGUUAAUUAUUAAUCAGGUGAUUUAGUUUUUUUUU